UUUCCGAAGGUCAUGUACUCUUUGUAAGUUCAGUGGUCUGGUUAUACGUUCGUUCCUGAAUUUUAAUAGUUGUAUCAUUACCUAUCUAUACUUAAAUUUAAGUGCGUAUGUCACUUCUCAGCUGUUUUGUCGUAGUUGUGUUAUGCUACACUCAACUUGGCUUGAUUAAGUUUACCAUACCAUUCCUCGAACGUAACAAUAGACAUCUACUGAUUUUGCUAACAGCUUAAGUUCGGUGUAUCUUUCAUAACAACCGAGAAAGCAUAACCAAACAAUACGAACUCUAUACAUCCAGUACGAUGCCUUAAAAUACAAAUUAUAAUUACUUGAGUGUCGGUAGUUUUGGGAUUGUUUUCUACAAAAACAUAGACAUGUCAAUUUUGAGAUUCACAAUUAACUUUCCCGUAAAAUGUCAGUAUUUUUCUAGUGAUGAGAAUGAACCUACAACACCUGUCUUUUCAGUUCGCUUCCAUUUUUCUUUGUUUACUGUCAGUUUCAAAUCUACGUUAUGGACACAAGCUCUUUACCGUCAGACAUCAGACUAACUGGUGCAGUGGUUUCUACAAAUGAAUUUACCGACGGAGGUCAGGUGAUUAAAAAUAUUAAUUUUGGAGAUACAGUCGUUUCCAUAUGUUCUAUAAAGACUGAAGACGAAAGCUCUCCAUUUUGUAAAGACAAUGUCUGUUGUGCCGAUACAAGUCCUAAGCCAGUACAAAAUACUCCAACUCCAUCUACAUAUUAUGAUGACGACAAUAACAACAACAACAACAACGGUUCUUUGUGCCUAAUACAAUCGUCAUCUAGAUUAGAUUUAACUCCACAUACAGAUCAGUCACCCUCUCACUGGCGAAGACUAAAAAAGCGUACUUCAGACAUACUUGAAAUGCAAAACAAGAACCUAAAAACUUCAAGCACUCUCGAAUCUCAAAUCUUUUCUGUAGCCACUUGUAAUUCUGAAACGAGUUCAUUUUUUCAAACUGUUACAAAUACUGUCAGCACUUGCGGCAUUAGUGGUUAUAACAAUGUAGAGAUAUCAAAUUCUGAUAUGGAAUCGAAUAAAAAUCACUUGUACCAAAGUUUUCAGUCUUCAACUUCCUCUAUUAUCCCGUUGGGUAAUGCAUCUCUUUUGUUAGAUCCCGGAAAAUUCUAUCCACCCAAUUCUAAGUGGAUUUCACCCGGUGCAAGUGGGUCUUCGAUUGCAGCCGCAUUGACAGCUGUAAAUAUACAACAAAGGUUUAAGAAAGGAGAUGUAGUCAAGACACCUAAUGGUGUAAGGAAAAAAUUCAAUGGAAAACAAUGGCGCCGUUUAUGUAGUCGAGAAGGUUGUACCAAAGAAUCUCAACGACGUGGAUUUUGUUCACGUCAUCUUUCAAUGAAGGGGAAGGAAAUGCGUGUAAUGGGAUAUGCCGCUGCUGUGGCGGCUUUGAGUUCUUCUGAAUCGAAAUACAGCACAUCAGGUAUCCCUAGAGAAAAUGGAUCAAACCGUAGUAAGGGGAAUUCAUUCACAUCUACCGGUUUAUUAUCCUCAUCGACACCAUCACUGCUUCUCACUCCUUCCAUUUUCGCGCCCUACAAGCUAACUCCUUUUCUGUCAACAAGUAAGUCGGCAUCUAUAACAACUGAGAUGGGUUCCUCUACGAGUGCAACACAAGCGGUCAUAUCAUCUACGACUACGUCGCUGCUGACGACGACAACGGCGACCGUUUCACAACAAUCAGUGUUCUCGCUUCCAUUGACUUCAAUUCAUUUUAAUGAUCGCUAUAACUCAAGCAUUAUACCUGCCACUGUUGGUGCACAAGUUACUUCAAUGCCUAUUCCGAGUUCUGCAUUUACACCGUUACUAUUUAAUACUUCCGUUGGACAAAUGUCUCCGAUUUCUACUCCUCUUGCUUUACUUCCUAUUCUCACGGAUAGUAUUUCUGUAGGGGAACCCUCUUUAAGAAAACAAGAUACACCAAGAUUUAAUUCGAAUAAUUCAUCAAACUUUGGGAAUAAUCCAACUACAACUGAAAGCGAAAAUAGUAAUUUUAACAAAGGUCACAGUAGUGGUAAUCAAUACUGUGAUAAUAGUCACAAAAGCCCUGGUCAUCGUGAAUCAGACAAUAACAAAUGUUCAACACCUUUAUUAGGUCAAGUCUGCAAUCUUGUAGGUAUUAAAAAGUCUGGUCAAUCUGUUGAAACAGAUUGUAUAGAAAAUUCUGAGGGGACCUGUAAGGAAGUAUCACGUGAGACGUCCAGUCCAGUAUUGACUCCAAAUUGUAGCGGCCACGUUAAUGAUCAUGAUGAUGAUGAUGUUGGUGGUGGUGAUUUUGAUAAUAAUGAUAAUCAAUCUAAUGUUACUACUUCUGUAAUUAAUUUAAACACUUCUAAAAAUGAUAAUAUUCAAGUGUCCAACGAAUGUUCAAUAAAUAAAAAAUUAAAAUUGUCUGCAAUAUUAAAUAAAAAUAAUCAAGAUAGAAAACAUGUACGUCGUCCAAUGAAUGCUUUUAUUAUAUUUUCUAUGAGACAUCGUAGUGAAGUACAUCGUCUUUAUCCAAAUAAAGAUAAUCGUGUAGCAAGUCAAAUUUUAGGUGAUUGGUGGUAUCAUUUAAAUGCAUCAGAAAAAGCACCUUAUCAACAAUUGGCUCGUGAACUAAAAGCUGCGCACUUUCAAUCAUUUCCAAAUUGGAAAUGGUCUUCUAAACAAAGACUUAGGUCAGAAGGUGGAAACAUUAAGAAACGAUGCCCAACUCAUUGUAAUUCACAUCCAGAAACGCGUACAUCACUGACCGAUUCUAGUAAUUUAUUGGUGAAUGAAUCUUUAUCAGUUGAAAAUAAACUAAAUCCAUGUUCAUUUACCAGUAAUCAGAUCAAUGAAUCUGACGGCAUUUUAACAAAUUCAGCUUUAAAUGAGUUAUCAUUAAAUAAUGAAUCAACUAUAGCUUUGUCACAAUCGAAUCUGAAUGCUGAAAACAUCAGUCAACAUAACUGUUAUGAUAAUCAUCGUUCCAUUGAAGUAAAAUCCUCUGAUCAGUAUAGAUUAAAUGGUUUAGACUUAUUAUUACAUGCCGUUCAAUAUUUGGAUAAAGAAAAUAACCUAUUUAAUGAUGAUUUAAUACAACCUCCACCACUUUUUAUUGAGGAUCUUGAUACUGAUGCUAAAAACGUUCAAGUCAACGUUAACAAAUCCAAUACAUCCUGUGGCGAUAAUUUUGAGUCUGUUAAUAAUUCUAGUGAGGAAUUAACAGAGCACAAUUUUAAAAAUACGACAGUAACUCCUGAUCAAGAAUCAAUCCCACUGGAUAAUUCAAUGAAAAAUCUUUUAGUAGAUUCUAAUGGAAAUACUUCUACAUGUAAUUCAAUUAGUCAAUCAGUUACUGAACACCCAUCAAAUUCUGGUACUUUUGAAAACUCUAAUAAUCGUCUACAAAACCAAUCAUUAAGCGAUAGCAACAAAUUCAAUUCAAUUACAGAUCUAUCUCAUUCUGUAUUUACACUACCACAAGUUGCGGUUCAUCCCAAUACCUUACUAAUUGAGGUGGCAGAAAAUCCUCUCCUGUGUCCACUAUCAAUUAAUAUUAAACCAACGUUGUUGUCGACAUCAUUAUCGUCAUCGUCUUUAUCGUCCAACUGUUCAUCUACAGAAUUGAAGAACUCCUCUUUACUUGAAAUCAAUCAACAAUCUAUAGAAAAUACUUGUGAAACUUUAAAAUAUAACCAAAUCAAUGAAAUUUCUUUAGAAAAUAAUAUUGAUACUCAUAUAUCUAACCAAGAGAAUUCUACAGUUCCGAUAAACAACUCAUACGAUCAACUUGUUUCAUUUAAAGAAGAGAAUUGUGUAAUUUAUAAUUGUGACAAUAAAUUUCAAUCAUCUACCAAUGAAAAUUCUCAUCAUCAACAAACUGUUUCUUCUAAAUCAAAACCUCCUUCAUUGAAAUUACAAAGUGAUGUGUUUAAUUACAGUAUCAUAAACAAAGAUAUUGAACAAUCCAAUAAAUCAAUUGAAAAAAGUACACCUCGUGCUCCAUUUUCAGCUGAUGCAGCUAAUCGAUGUUUUAAACGGAAAUUUGAUGAGACUACAGAGAAUAUUUUAGCUCAAAUAAACUUUCGGCGUCGAUUUUCUUAUCUACCGAAAUUCAACCCUAAUACCGUCUCAGCUACACAAGGCUUGUCAUCACCAACAUCUAUCGAUCAAUUAACUAUACGUUCUGCAGGGCCUUGUUUUUACUCAGAAACUACUCAGACUGGUUCAGUUACUCCAACACUUAGUAUAGACACUAGUCAACAAUUAUGUACGCUUACUUCUCCAAGUUCUCAUCUUAGUGAUUCAGAAAAUAUUCAUCAAAAUUUGUCACCCAAAAAACUUAAUAUGGAUAAAUCAAAUCAAUCUUUAGAAGAUAAUGUAUUUUUUGGUGCAAACUUUCCAAAUAUCAAAGAAGUUAAAUGGACUACCGAUUCGUUGAAUUCACCUUUACGCAUUUCUUCAUCAAAUUCAACUUCAUAUGGUCGUUUAUCUAAAAAUCAUCCAAUUGCUCCAAAAAUUAUUCAUCGUCAAACAAAUGAAAAUUCACCAUUGAUAACUCUUUCUCAUUUGUCUGAAGCUAAUGGAAAUAAGUCAAGAUCUGUUUUACAUAUACGUCGUAAAUUAGUUUUACAAUUAUUUCAAGAAUAUGGUUUGUUUCCAUCAAUUCCAGUGAUUACUCAUUUCCAACAAUGUUAUGCUUGCUACUUUCCUAGUCGUCAAGCUUUACAGUUGAAAAUACGUGAAAUUCGUCGACGAAUUAUGCAAACCGAUUCUCAUCCAUUUCAAAAAACUAUCAUCAAAGAUAAUUAUGAUUGUUUAAAUGAUAAAAAGAAUGCUGACAAUGAUGAGGACGAUAAUGAUGACGAGAUCGAAUUAAGAAAAAUAAAAUGUUCAUUAGGAACUAUUUCAAAACAUUCUAUACCUAUUGUUAAAUCAACUAACGGCCUACAUGAAUAUACGAAUCGAUGUUGCAAUGACAAUAACCACAACAACAAUAACACUGGUACCAAUUCAUCUUUAUCAAGUCCGUUAGCAGUUUAAAAGUACUUAUUUUCUUUAUACUUGAAUCUAUUGUUAGUUAUCAUCUUCCCAUCAUGAAACUUUUCAUCAAUUUCAUAUAUUCUUUAAUAGGGUUCAUUUUUAAUCAUUAAUUUAUUAAAUUUAUUGACUAAUAUUAACCUCCAGUGAAUUUUGAUUUGUCAUUUUAUGUUUUAUUUAUUUAUAUUUUCUGAUGUUUAUUUAUUUAUUCUAUUACGUAAUAUCUAUUCAUAUAUAUACUAAUAUUAAUAUUGUGUUUUGCAUAAACACACUACUUAGUAACAUUACCCAUCAUGGUCUUAUUUCACUAUUUUUGUUUUCGAAUCGUUUUUUCUGUUUGUUUUGUUUUUUUGAUUUCUCUUAUUUUCUGUUUUCUUAUUAUAUUAUGCUAUUCCAUUUAAAUUAGCUUAAAUCUUUUUAUGCUUAUUAUAUCAAAGUUUUAUUUAUUCAAAUGGGUGCAAUUAAAUUAUCUUCCUAAAAUGCCUUUUUUUUCUUUUCUUUUUAUUACUUAAAUAUAUAUUUCCUAUAAUACACUGCUUUGUUUAAUUACAUUUAUAUAUAUACAUGUUACCGGGGUGUUUUUUAUUAAUCUAAGCAUUCUUUUUCUCAUUUUAUUGUUAUUUAUGAAAAUAUGUAUAUUGAUAUCUGUUAUGAGUUGAAUAUAAUUAGUGAUCUAAAGGAAUAGAACUGAAUAACUAAUUAUACCAUUGUUA